AAGGAGACUGGAGAACUGGUGAGAGAGUCUUGAGAAAGACCAACUUUGAGGGAACUCCUGGGAGAGAACGAGAAACAAGCAUCGCCUAGGAUCUAGGGCAAGACAGGGCCCAGCAGUGCCAGUGACAGGGACUCCGGAGGGAGCUGCAGAAGUGCGGUCACCAGCUGCUGGGAAGGUCAAGAAUCGGCCUUUGAAAGGACGCCAAGUAGUCAGUGGUGAUUUACUGACAAAUGUCUUCGGGUUUGAUGCGAUUGGAAGCCAAGUUAAAGUCAGAGGAGUGAGUGGGAGGAGAGGACGGGACACAGGCUGUGCAAACAGCGCUUUAAAAAUGUGGCCUUGAAGACCAGGCAGUAGGACAGACCUGGAGGUGGAGCCAACAAAGUUACCUUUUUUUUUUUUUUUUUUUUUUUUUUUUUUGAAAGCAGUGAGAAAUUAGGAGGGUGGGAGCUAACCUUAGGACUAGUGACAGAAAUGCAGACUGCAGGGUUAGUCCACUCUGGGGAGAUACCUUGAGGAUGUAGAACACUCCCGGCGCGACUUGGCUGUUGGCCUGCCCCAGAAGGAGCAAUCCCCAAACCCAGCUUGUGCAAAAGAGGGAGCUAAGAGGCACCACGCUGGGCAUCAUGGUUCGCCUGUUGGCCUCAGAAGUUCAGCAGCUUCUCCACAACAAGUAUGUGGUCGUCCUUGGGGACUCUGUGCAUAGGGCGGUGUACAAGGACCUGGUGCUGCUGCUGCAGAAGGAUUGCCUGCUCACCCACAAGCAGCUCAGAACCAAGGGGGAGUUGACCUUUGAAAAAGACCAGCUGAUGAAGGGAGGCGAGCUGGAUACCCUUCACAACCGUACUGACUAUCGCGAGGUGCGCGAGUUCUGCUCCGACCAUCAUCUGGUGCGCUUCUAUUUCCUCACGCGCGUCUAUUCGGAGUACAUGGAGACAGUCCUAGAGGAGCUGCAGUCUGGCACGCAUGCUCCAGAUGUGAUCAUUAUGAACUCUUGCCUCUGGGAUGUCUCCAGGUAUGGGCGGAAUUCCUUGAGUAGCUACAGGCAGAACCUGGAGAACCUGUUUGGGCGCAUGGACCAGGUACUGCCCAAGUCAUGCCUGCUAGUGUGGAACACAGCCAUGCCUUUGGGUGACAAGAUCAAGGCAGCCUUCCUCCCGCAGAAGUGUAAGGGCCAGUACCGGAUCUCUGUAGCCACCCUGAAAAAAAGAGUGAGCCAAGCCAACUUCUACAGCCAUGCCGAAGCAACAAAGCGCUGCUUUGAUGUGCUGGACUUAAAUUUCCACUUCCGUCAAGCCAAGAAGCACCUGCAGGGAGAUGGGGUGCACUGGAAUGAGCAUGCACACCGUAGACUCUCCUACCUGCUGCUGGCCCACAUGGCCGAUGCCUGGGGGGUGGAGUUGCCCCACCGAGACCCUCCGUGGGAGCCUGAUCCUGUGACAUGGGAAAGUCCAGGCCUGGUAGAGGAAUGGCAGCCCCAGGCCAAUAGAGGUCCUCAGGCCUUUCCUCAGUCUUCACCCAUGCCUCUUCCUAGGCCACGCCCCCUAUUCCCACCUCCUGGCUUGCCCUUAAGGCCCCCACCCCUACUAGCAUGUCCCCUACCCCCGCCUCAGGCAAUACCCCCAUUGCCACUAUAUCCACAAGAUACCUAUUUUUCUUCAGACCAUAUUUUCCAGUCAGAUGAAUUCUAUAUUCAUCCCGAUGGCCCCCCACCUACCCACACAGGAUAUAACUUCGAGGGUGACUUUAGUUUUUAUCCCCAGCAACCACCCGUUCACAACUUCCGCCCACCCUGUUACCAGCGCCAUGCACCUGUAGUGCAUAGGGGUUUCCCAAGGCAUUUCACUCAUGCCCCCUAUACGCCCUGGAGAGAGAGGCCCAGGCGACCACAAAGACAUGCCCCACCCUGCCUAGAGUCAAGGCCUCAAUAGUCUUAAAUCCCUUUACCUCUGGAUAGGGCCAUGUGAUGUCGUUCAUUGUCACUGUCCACACACACUGACCUUGCUAACUUAAGCCCAGCUAGUCCUGUCUUGAACUUUGUUGGCUGUUAGAAACAAAGAAGAGUAAACUGGCCCAUUCCUGCUGCCUGAGGAGGUCUCUUCCCCUGAGUGACCAAGCAAGCCUUCUUACUACCUCCCCCUCGCUAUUCUUGUUGCCUUUUUGUAAAAAUAAAAUUGAAAUACAGAAAUUGUUUCCAAAA